AUGUGGGUCCUGAAGGUCGAGGUUGUGGAGGGGCUAUUCAUCGAGGAGAUGGGGCAUAGCGGUAUGACCCUAGCUACUUUGGAGGAUGAGAUGAAGAACGUCGUUGCUCAUCGAGAGUUCGACCGAGGCAAAAGAGAUGAGCAGGCGGUUACUGUGGCAAAGCUGAGCAGGACAAUCAGUGAGCAAGUGAAGGUUGAGGAGGAGCUAGGGCUCGUGCGUGGUCGGGUCGAGGCAAAAAUGAAGAAAAAUGCCGAGCUGUUGUUGUCGGUGAACAAGCUUGCUAAGGAUAAGUGUGGCCUGGGCAUAGAAUUGUCUAAGGCACGAAAGGAUUUAGGUGAAGCCAAUUGGAAGAUUGAAGCCCUUGCCUCAGAGCUGCAGUCCUGCUAUGAUGACAGGGGUGAAGGAUUACACCGAAUUGGCUGA